AAACUAAAAAACAUUUUGUGCGAAUUAGUACCAAGCUACCUGAAGAGAGCAAAGGUUUAUUAAGCUGUUUAUUACAAUUUACAACUUUCAUUUCUGAGAUGCUGUCCAGCAUGGAGGUUAAAACAGAUGUGUUAUCUGCAGUUUCAUCUACUGUAGAUAUACAGUCAAAUGAAUUAACAGAGUUUUCAUCUUCUGAAGAUUUGAAACCUGAUCUAUCAACCAUAGUAUUAUCAUCUUCUGAAGACAUAAAAACAGAAUUAACAUUUUUUAAUUUCCAGGAUAUAAAACCUGACAUGACAUUUAAAACCCAUCAAGAUGUUAAACCUGAUGUUACACCAGAAUUUUCUUCUUCUGAUGACGUAAAAGCAGAAUUAUCAACAUUGUUUUAUUUCCAGGAUAUAAAACCUGAUAUCACAUUUAAAAACCCUCAAGAUGUUAAACCUGAUGUUACACCAGAAUUUUCUACUUCUGAUGACAUAAAACCAGAAUUAUCAUUUUUUAAUUUCCAGGAUAUAAAACCCGAAUGUGAUGUUUGUCACAAAAGAUUUAGUGCUAAGAAUAGUCUAUUACGACAUAAAAAAGUUCAUUCAGAAGAUAAGUCGCAUGAAUGUGAUGUUUGUCAUCAAAGGUUUUCUCAAAGUUCUAACUUAAGAAGACAUAUUAUACAGAUUCAUUCAGGAGAAAGGCGUUUUGAAUGUGAUGUUUGUCACAAAAAAGUUAGUGAUAAGAAGGGUCUAUUACGACAUAAAUUUAUUCAUUCUGGAGAUAAACCACAUGAAUGUGAUGUUUGUCAUAAAAGGUUUUCUCAAAGUUCUUAUUUAAGAAAACAUAAAAAGGUUCAUUCAGAAGAAAGGCCUCAUGAAUGUGAUGUUUGUCAUAAAAAUUUUGUGGAUAUGAAGGAUCUAUUACGUCAUAAAAUUGUUCAUUCUGAAGAUAAGCAAUAUGAAUGUGAUGUUUGUCAUAAAAGGUUUUCUCAAAGUUACAAGUUAAGUGAACAUAAAAAAGUUCAUUCUGGAGAUAAACCACAUGAAUGUGAUGUUUGUCAUAGAAGGUUUUCUCAAAGUUCCAAUUUAAGAACACAUAAAAAGGUUCAUUUAGGAGAAAGGCCAUAUGAAUGUGAUGUUUGUCAUAAAAGGUUUUCUCAAAGUUCCAAUUUAAGAACACAUAAAAAGGUUCAUUCAGGGAAAAGGCCACUAGAAUGUAAUAUUUGACAUCCAUGGUUUUCUCAAAUUUCUUGUUAAUCUUCACACACAAAAAUUUUUUUAUAGAGAAAAGCCACAUGAACGUGAUUUGUCACAAAAAGUUGACUCAGAAGAAUAAUUUGUUAUGCCAUAUGUGUUCUUACAGGUUAUAAGCCAUAUGUAUGUAUAAAAGAUUUUCUCUAAGUUCUUAUGUAAGUGCACUUGUAAAGUCACUCAAGAGACAAGCCGCAUUAAUCUGGUUUUUGUCAUAAAAGAUUUUCUCAAAGUU